UGUGGCAUGGUUUUCGGUUUGGCGUUCCGUUCGAUUGCUAUUUAUUUAAUUAUGUGUAGUGGUGAUUUGCAUAGCCAUUUCAAGAUAAGUAAAGUCAGGACUUUUACAUCUUGAUCCUAAGUAAUAGUUAGGGUAUUUAUAAAGUAAGAUACUCUAGAUCUAAGGUCAUCUUUGAAGUGAUUCGCGAAAGCCGCAUCAAAACUGAAACAAAAUCGUGAAUGUGUUACACACAAUAUCGCCUAAUCAUAUUUGGAAAUGUCUGUACACUACAAAUUCAAAAGUGCAUUGGAUUAUGAUACUGUUACCUUCGAUGGACUUCACAUAUCAGUAGGCGAUUUGAAAGCCGCUAUCUCCCAACAAAAGCGUAUUGGGAAGACUUCAGAUUUCGACCUGCAGAUAACUAAUGCACAAACGAAAGAAGUGUAUGUCGAUGACAAUACAUUAAUUCCAAAAAAUACAUCACUUCUUGUAGCCAGAGUACCUCUGGCUCAGCAGCCCAAGAAACAGUGGGAAGGUUCAAAUAGUGGUCAGGCAGCAUUGCUUAAGGAUGCCGCGCCUAAUAAGGGACUGGCUGAUCUGUCUCGCAUGGAAGGUAGCGAACAGGAUAAAAUAAAUGCUAUGAUUUCACAAUCCACUUUUGACUACGACCCUAGCAACUAUCAAAAAAUUAGAGGACAAAAUCAAAGAGGUGUUGUACCACCUACUUAUACAUGUUACAAGUGUCAGAAAAGGGGGGUGCAUUGGAUCAAAGAUUGUCCCGCUGCCAAUUCAACUGAAGUAGUAGAUGUGAAAAGGAGUACAGGCAUACCUCGUAGUUUUAUGGUACCAGUUGAUGGUCCUAAAGCACCAGGAGCCAUGAUGACCCCAAGUGGAACUUUUGCUGUACCAGCUGUUGACCAUGAGGCGUACCUGGCAUCAGAGAAUGCCGGUGGAGGCGACACGCCGACCAACGCUCCGGCGGCUCCUGAGCCUACUAUACCUGAUGAGCUGAUCUGCAGCUUGUGUAGAGAUCUACUCACCGAUGCUGUUAUGAUUCCUUGUUGCGGCAAUUCCUUCUGUGACGAGUGUAUCAGAGGAGCAUUACUAGAGUCUGAAGAUCACGAAUGUCCAGAUUGUCGUGAGAAAGAAAUUGCGCCAACGACGUUAAUACCCAACAGAUUUUUGAGGAAUUCGGUGUCGGCAUUCCGCAACCAAACUGGUUACAGUCGUCGGAUGCCUCACAGGCCUUCAGCGCCUCCAGUGGUACCUCCUCCUGUUAUAGAUCAGCCUCCACAACUGGGGCCAGGAAAUGGCCCAGCUCCAGCCCACCGACCCAAUGCCGGCGCACCGGGUGGUAUAGGCGUGCGCGGGGACGAGUCGGACGGGUCGGCGGACGACAACAUCACGGUCACCGUGCCGCCCGCGCACGCGCACCAGCCGCCGCCCGCGCCCGCCACGCACGGUCCGCACGGUCCACUCGGUCCACACGGCCCACCCGGUCCGCACGGCCCACCCGGUCCGCACGGCCCACCCGGUCCGCACGGCCCACCCGGCCCACUCGACCCGCACGGCCCGCCCGGCCCGCCCGGCCCGCGUGGCCCAGUCGGCACGUACGGAGUUCGCGGCCCGCCGCCGCACGCGAACAUGCACCGACUCCCGCACUACGGUCCUGUUCCGGUUCUCAAACCACCUGGUAUAGAAGGGUCAUUAAACAUACCGAGAGUGGAGGAGCAACGCGCUAGCACACCCACUAUCGACGAGCGGAGAGAUCCGAUGUCUACGCAAGCUUCGUAUAAUAGACCACCGCCUCAGUUUGGACCAGGGCCAGGCCCACAUUAUAGCAACAGUCGCCGGUUCGGCAGAAACGGCGGUCCGCCGGGCGCGGGCCGUCCGCCCUUCAACGAGCGCUUCCCCCCGGAGCCCUACCAGCCGCCGCCGCCCGGCAUUAAGGACUCGCCAACCAACGGGGUCGGCGAGGAUCCGCUCGAGGCGUUCAACCGGAUGAUUCGCGAGAAGGAGAUGCGCGCCAAGCGCCGGGAGGAGGAGCGGCGGCGCGCGCUGUCGGGGUCGCGCUCGCCGCGCUCCCCGCGCUCCCCCCGGCCGGCGGCGCGCUCCCCGCGCUCCCCGCGCGGCCAGCGCUCGCCACGUUCGCCGCGGUCUCCACGCUCGCCCCGCUCGCCCCGCUCGCCGCGUGAGCCCCGCGCUCGCCCACGUAGUCGCGCCUCGACCCGCCCGCGCUAUUCUAGGUCCCGGUCGAUAUCCCGCGGCCGCGUGCGACGCUCGCCUUGGUCGCCGCGCCGCCGACGGACUCGUGAUCGGUCACUCUCCCUGACUCGGUCCCCGUCCCCCCGACGCCGGCACCGCUCGCCGCUACGCUACCGCUCUCCGCUGCGCUCGCCCGUACCGCGCUCACCGCUGCGGUCUCCGUUGCGCACGCCGCUACGAUCUCCGCUCCGCUCUCCGCUGCGCUCGCCGUUACGUUCUCCGCACAGAGUCGGCCGCUCGCCGCCGCCUCGUUCUAUGUCACCUCAUCGAUUUGCCGGAGUAUACGACGAACUGUUGUCGCCGCCCCGACGUAGCGUUGAUCCGCCAUACGGAGCCAGGUAUGGACCUAGAAAUAACGGGCCUCCACCAGGGUAUCCUCCUAUGGGUGGAAAACCGAUUAUUGCGAUGGGAAGUGUCCCUGCUCCGACAGAGCCACCUAAUUAUCGUAGUCGUUACGAUGGACCUCCAUUUGAGGAUAUACCUCCAGGCGUCGAACCUCCUGUUCCAGGUUUUGAACCAUCGCCUUUUGAAAAACCUCCUUAUGCUCUACCUGGACUUAUGGACAGAGAAAGGUUGCCACCAGCAAAUUUCAGAGAUUCUUACCGGGCUCCAUUCGUUGACGGUCCCGGGCCAGGUUACAGGGACGCGCCUGUACAGUCUAUUGUUAGCGAGAUACCUGUCCAUGUGGGUGACCAGCCACCGCGGUUUCGUGAUAAUUAUCGUCCGGGUCAUCCCUACCGUGAUCAGGGCUCGAUGCCAUUCAGAGAUGGCCCGCCUUAUCGUGAACCAGGAGCACAACCACCAUAUCGUGAUGGGCCACCUGGGCCUCCCCGUGAGUUCAGAGGUGGACCACCUGGUCCAUACAGAGAUGGGUCUUAUAGAGGCCAUCCGUACAGGGAAGGUGGUUUUAGGGACAAUCCACCUCACAAUUUCCGCGAGAGUGGGGCACCGUUUAGACCUCCUAGUGUCGAUCCGAGGGAUCCAGUCCCACUAAAUUAUCACGAUCCUAACUUCCGUGAAGGCUACCCAGAUGAAAAUUCAAGAGAACAUAGGGGAGGUAGAUUCCCACCUUCUCGCACUAGAGGUGUAUCAAGACGAAAUCCAUCGGAACAUGAAAGACACAGGGAAAGAGAUGGUCGAGACAGGGAAAGAUAUGUUGAAACGCGGGACCCAUCAGAUAGAGUUGAAAGAUUGAGAGAUGAAAAGAGAGUAGGCUAUGAAAAAGGACGCGAAGUUCGUGAAGAGCGAGCACGGGAAUAUGAGAGAAGUCGGGAAUACGAGAAAGACAAAGAACGUGUAUACGAUAGAUCAACACCUGACAAGAAAAUACGUGCGUCUCCUAAACGUAAUAGAGAAGCACGUGAGAAAAAACGUAGUGAAUCAAGAGGUCGUUCCCGAGAACGUGAGAGAGAAAGCAGAAGAGACAAAAAAGAGGAGCGAUUACGGGAUAAAUCCUUGGAAAAGGUUAAAGAUCAUAAAGAAAAAGAAAAGAAAGAGAAACCAAAGGAUAAGAAAAAGAAGAAGCGGGAAAAAGAAAAGGAUAAGGACACUGAAAAGAAAAGGAAGCGUGAUAAAAAGGAGAAGAAAGAUAAGGACAUUAUUAAGAAAGAAGAUGACGAGUUGGAGAAAAAUGAAUCCAAAGACGAAUCAAAACCAAGCGAUGAAGGAGAGCCUGAGCAGCAAGUAUCAGUGAAAAUAGAACAUACAGAAACUAAAGAACUCGAGCAACCAGAUACUAAAAAAGAAAGUUCUCCAAAACAAGAACCAAAACAACAAUCUCAACAAGAUGAUUUAUACGGUGAAGAGGCACCAGAAGCUGUUGAUAAGGAAAUAAUUCAAAAUUACGUUAAGGUUGAGGAACCUGACUUAAGUCAUGACGAUAAGAAUGUUGACCCUGGAAUGAAAGAUGAACCUUUCGACGGAAUAGAACUUCAAGCGACGGCUGACGAAUUAGAUUUAAAAGCUGAUCUGGAAGGGCCGACUCAAAGUAAAGAAAUGUUGGCACCUUUGCCGGAAUUAUCCAAAUGGGAAGUAGAUGAGGAUAAUUUAGAAAAAUCCAAAGAACCUGGAGAGAUAACUUCUCCAGACGAAGAAGAAGAUGGAGGAAAAGUCACAUCCGAGGUUAUAAAGCGGGCUGAAAAUGCAAUAUUUGCAAAAGCAAUCAGUUCGUUAAGACCUAUAGAAAUUAAGAAAAUUAGUAGUGACCGACUUAAAUUAUACAGUGAUGAAAAUCAGCCUAAAAGUUCCAUUCAGAUUACGGUUCCCGUAUCUGAAGUCGAAACCAGAUCAAUAGAAAUUAAUGACAGAAAGAAAAGGUAUUCCAAAACCCCUCCGCCAAAGCUGUCUGUUAAAGAAAGACUAGGCGGAAAAGUGGAAGACAUACGUAGGCCCCGAGAUGCUCGUGUUGUACACAGCACAGUGGAGCGCGUAAAGAGCCGUUCUAAAACCCCUAAAAAAGAACAAUCUUAUCGUAGAGUGACCGUUGAAAAAGACAGAGGUCGGAAAACCGAAGUUAACAGAUUUGAAAUCUCUGCGAAAGGGGAUAGGCGAAUUGUUUCUGAGGCAAUUAAAGCUGGUGAUAAAUAUCAUGAACGCAGCGAACAUAAAGAAAUUAAAAAGAAGGACGUAGACAAAAAAUCUAAGGAUGAACAUAGAAAUGCUGACCGUGACCCACGUACAGAAGUUAGUGACAAAAACACAAGUGCUAAUAAGAUUCUGACUGCCGACCGUGAAAGGAAGAAGUCUACAUUGGAUGAAGCACACUUUGAGCCAGAUUACGAUGAAAACGUUGAAUCUGAUAACGAAGUGAAGGAUGAUUCUACUAAAAAACGCGAACGCUCCAUUUCGCCAAGUGCUGUGAGUGAAUCGAAAAAAGCUAAAUUGGAUAAUGAGACUAUUAAAUUGGACCUAACAAAUGUUAAGAAAAAACCAGAUUCGGAUAGUGAGUCGUCUAGCUCGGAGGAUUCGUCAUCGUCCUCGUCAUCUGGUACUCGCAAGCGCAAGAAGAAGAAGAAACGUACUAAGAAGAAGAAGAAACGCGCUGCGGCAAGUGACAGCGAAAGCGAAUCUGAGUCAAGCUUAGAUGAGCAUAAGAAGAAAAAGAAAAAACGCAAACAUAAGAAAAAGUCUAGCAAGAAGAAGAAAAAGUCUAAACAUAAGUAGCGUAUUAGUCGAUCUACUACUAUCUACUACUGAUUUUAUUUUACUGCUAAUUUAUCUAUAUACUUAUUUACACUAAAAAGGUAUAAAAAUUUAAAUGUACCAAACUGCAAAAUGAAUUUUAGUUUGUAGGCUUCGAUCGUUUGUAGGAUUGUAAAUGGAGUUAUUGUUCUACAGUCAAAAACCUGUACUAGAGUACUAGAUAUAGAAUAAAACACAAUAAACUUAAAGGAACUUUUAAA